CACAGUGUUGUCGAUACGUUUGGUUGUAGACACUUUUUGGCGCGUUCAUUUAAACACUUCACUUUGGGACUUUCAUGUGAACGGUCGUGUCUAUAGUUCAAUAUAUAGUUUGAACUUACAGAAGAAGAAAAAAAAUAUAAAAAUUUUUAUACAUACUUAUAUAUAUAAAGAGACAUUUGUCGUUUUUACAUUAUUUAAUGAUACGCGCGCUCAGAGCUCAAAUAGAAUAUUUAAGAGGAAUUUAAAAAAAAAGUGCUUUUCUACUACAAGCAGAAAGAAUUCUAGAGAUAGAAAGUAACAAAAAAAAAGCAAAGUGUAAAGAAUUAUUAUUAUAACACAACACAAAACUUAAAAUAUUUUAACAACAAACUUGAAACCGAAAGAAAUCAUUUCCUUUUCAUACACAAAACCAAAAGCACACAAACGUCAAACACACCGCAAUAAUAAACGGUGGGAUUAACGCGUAAAAAUUAAUUUAAAUAAAUUUUUCUAUUUUAAAAAAUUUGAAAAUAAAAUAACGGUCGGAAAAUUUUUGAAAAAUUUUAUUAAAAAAACAAAAAGAAAAGUGUUUAAACAAACAAAAAUAUAAAAUCGUUUUGGAACAAGUUGGUCAUGCAGUUAUUGACAACGGAACCAACAAAACAUAUUUUAACAACAAAACCAACAAAUUUAAGCAAUUUUUUGCAAUUUUUAUUAUUUAUAAACAACACCAACAGCAACAAUAAAUUGUUGUCAUUAAAAAAUAUUUAUAAAAGAAAUUUUAAUUUACAAUUAAGAAUAUUUUUAUUUAAAUAAAAUUCUUCUCUGGAAGUAAGAAAGAAAAAUAUUGGAAAUUUUGUUGAAAAAAAAACCAAAUUGAAAUUUUGGUUUCUCGAAGCAAAUUAAAAAAAAUUUUGCUCUUCUCAGUGUAUUGUAAUUGUUUUGUGAGUGAAUUUUACCGUUAAUAAUUAACAACAAAUACAAAAGUUACAAAAUAUAAAAAUUCCUGAAAAGAAAAAAAAUCUCUAAAAAGAGAACUUGGAAUUGAAUACCAGUAAGCAACAAGAAAAAAAGCACUAAAAAGGAUUGAAAAAAGCCUUUGCUGAAAUUUGAAAAAUAAAUUUAAAAAUAAAAUUCAUAAAAAAAUCUUUUGAAAAGUGUAAACCUAGUGCUUUUUUAGUAAUUACUUUAACAACUGAAAAAAAGGCAAAAAGAUUUGAAAUCUUUUCUAAAAAAAAAUUUAUUGAAAAUAAGAAUAAUAUUUGACAUAACUAUAAAAAUACAAAUUUUGACCCCAGCUACAACAAUUUCACAACAACUAUAAAAAAAGGAUUACUCUAUAUUAACGACAUACUAUUUGGAUUUAUAUAAACAAAUUUAAGACACAAAAAAAGUUUAUUGAUUAAACUAUAACAAACAACCUGCCCCCCUCCCCAAACAUUAGAAGAUCUGGCAUCUUCUCUUGUUAAGAAUUAUACGAAACCCAAAAUAAUUUGUGAUAAAUCGGACCUUAUAGAACAACUCGACAAAAUGGCAAAACUUUGCAGUCCUUAUGGGACCUCACCUAUUAGCUCUUUCUUAAGUGAUUUAUCACCCAAUGGCUUCUCCGAUGAAUUCCAUCAAAUACAACCCGAUCCUUUUGAUUUGACAUUCGAUGAUUUACCCUCCAUCUGUGGCGAUAUACAAAAAAUUGAAUCAGACAAUGGUUUUUCAUCGUAUGGCAGUAUUAUGGAUUUAGAUUUGGAUGUGAAGACCGAAGUACGUAAUACAGAUUUAAUGUGGUGGACAGCACCACCCACUACCAUUCUCUCUACAUCCGCCUCCUCCAUGUCCAGCGACAUUAGUUCGGGAGUAUCAUUGGCCGCUGUGAUGGGUGGCGCUGCCUCCGGCAACAGCCCCAAAACCGCUAGUUUACAAAUUAAAGUAGAAAAAGAAGAGCUGCAUGCACCCACCGUGGUUACAGCUAAGAAAGUAAAUCCUAUGAAAUUUAAACAGGAAAUAGUACAGAUUAAACAAGAACCUACAGAUGAUGUUGAGCAACAGUUGGCUCAUCACCAAAUACCAAAUAGCAAGACAACGCCUACAGUAGCCGCAGCCCAAACAACGUCAACACAACAGCCACAUCCUGUUAUGCUAGUAAGUACGGCGAAUGUGGCAAAUAUUAACAAUAUACCACCCGGCACCUCUUUACUACGCAAAUCCCAGCAACAACAACAACAAAAGAAAUUACAGCAACAGACGCGCGGUACCCUACACAUAACAAAACGUGGUGAUCAACUAUUGCCCUCAGCUAAUGCCAUUAAUACCAGCAACCACAUAAUAUCUACACACUCUACUAACCUAUUUAACACCUCCGCCAGCUCUAACACCUCCAGUGCAAACACUUCCCUACUUUAUCAACGUCCCGAUACACCACACAGUUUAGAUGAUGAUUGCUCUACAACCGAAUUCAAACAUAAUGUCGACCUAAGAGCCUGUGUCAUGGGCAGCAAUAACAUUUCUCUAACCCCAAAUCCUCUCACCCCAGAUGAGGUCUUUAUCAAGAGUGUUGAGCUAGAACUACAGGAUACGAGUAAAAAACAAAUCGAUACACGUCUCGGUAGAAAUUACUCCUUUACCGAAGUCUUGGAUCUCAUCAAUAAUAGUCCCACAAAUACCGGCGAAUAUCUAAAAGCUCCCACGACGACGAGUAGUAGUAGUUCGAGUGGUUUCAGUAGUUAUCAUUCGGCUCACAAUAACGGUUCAAUGCGUUCCUCCGAAUCUGAUUCCGAUGAAGAAUCAACAAUGGGUUCAAGUUCAUCUUCGCUAUUGGAUGAAAUUAGCUAUGGAGCUGGUGGUGUGUCGCCGGUAUCAAGUCAAUCGUCAAAUAUUAGUAGUACGCAACAUUAUAUGCAACAUCGGGAUCAUAGUUAUACACGCUGCAAAGAUGGCAUGGAUGAUUUGAGCACAAAUUUGGAAACACCCUCGGAUUCUGAAGAAGAAAUCGAUGUUGUUUCGAUUAAUGACAAAAAAUUACCCACAAAUCCCUCGGAUAAGGAUCGUCGUGUUCUCCAGACCAAGGUAGCUCAUAAAUUUAAUGCUGCUCGCAUUGUUAAGAAUCCUAAUGGCAUACGCACCAUACCACCACGUCGCGGUUCCUAUGAAUUCCCCUAUACCCCAGCCAGCAGUAGUCCGGUUAAGUCUGUCAAUAAUUCACGUUUCCCCUCACCGACCGCCACACCCUAUCAAAAUCAAUAUACCACUAAAUACGUACAACAGCAACAACAAAUGAUGGCUGUAGUAGUAACCGAUUCUGCUAGCGGUGCACCCAUUAAUAUCUUAAGUUCUAAUGAUAAAUCACGUAAACGUUUAUUGGCCAAUGCUGGACAAAAUUCAAAUCUUUUGAAUAGCAGUGAAUUGAGUGUCUCGGUUACUUCGGUGGCCAGCAUGCCACCCACUAAGAAACAUCGUGGCAAGAAAACCAAACAUUUGGUUACCGCUGUACAAUUGCCCAAUGGCAUAUUGAAACGUCAUUAUAGUGUAGAUGAGACCGCCGAUACCAUUGAGAAGCGUAAUUUACAUAAUGAUAUGGAACGUCAACGUCGUAUUGGCUUGAAAAAUCUCUUUGAGGCUUUGAAAAAACAAAUACCCAGCAUUAAGGAUAAGGAACGGGCACCCAAGGUGAAUAUUUUACGUGAGGCUGCCAAACUAUGUGAGGCCUUGACACGUGAAGAUCAACAGCUGUUGGAGCAAAAAGCUAAACUUAAGGAAGAACUUAGACGUAAACAAGAACUUUUAGCCCAGUUGAGAGCGGCUCAACAGGUGGAUUGAUAAAGCUAAGUUUAAG